CUCGCAUCUGUUUUUCUAUCGUUUCGUUCGCUGCUGAUCGCAGUUUCCCCAUCAUCAUCAGUGGUUCUUUUCAGGCCGCCAUCUGCAAAUAAUAUUUUUAUUGCUCGAGUGGUCUAUCACCUCGCGCGUACAUCGUUCGUAUAUUCUAAAAAGAUUGGCCUACUGCUACUGAUCUCGAUACCGACGUCGCAGAGUCAGCGCGAGUGUUGUUCGCAAUAACAAGUGUGUGGAAAAAAAAACAAAGGCCAGAAAUCACCAAAUCCGUGCAGAGAGGUGCCAAAAAGAUGAAAAUGCCCGACCACAACAUCGGAUGCAGUAGCUCCAACAACGGUUACAGUGGUAACUACAGCGAUAGCUACGACUCCGACCCGGACGGUUACAUAACACCGCCGAAUGAGGACAACUCUAAUGGCGGUGGUCCCAACUUGGACGAGGACUUUUCCGAAUACUUGUGGAUGGAGAACGAGGAGGAAUUCGACAAAGAGGAGAUGCAGCGACUGGAAGAGGAAGCCCUCAUGGAGCAGUGUAUCGAGGCAAUGCUGCAGGAUGAGCUGGACGCCGCCCAAGACGCCGACAGUGACCCUACGCUCGAAUGUGAAAGUAGUUCGAAAGAUUUGUGCAAUGCUCUGUCGAGUCUGCAGGUGCAGACCAAGGAUCAGAAGGUCAGCGUUGAGCAGUCAACGUUGAACCCUUUGGCGGCAGAAUUCGUGCCAUACGUGCUAUCGUCAUCGCCAGUUUAAAACUGAAGCCGUUAGUGAUGGUCGUAAACUUAUAUCUCUCUAUCUUAACGAUUCUUCUCUAGCGGUAGGCCAGCAAGCGUAAAGAAUACUCAAUAAGCAAACAAAAAAAAAACAUUUGAAUAAUUCAUACUCUCAGUCUUGCAUCAGUCAUCGUUGUUAUACGUAUAGAAACUUUGUUGCAUUUACUUUUCUGUGAAAAGUAAAGUUGAGUAUUGUUGCGGGCGGGACUAACGAAUCGCGAAGAUCUUCUUAGAUGACCGUGGACUCCAGCUGACAUUCGACAACAGGCAAUCGAGAAUUAAGAGGUUAGAAUAUAAAGUUUAAUCGUAGACACAUCUAAAUACUGAUAAAAGGCAAAUGACGUACAAAGCCAAUGUUUUUAGUAAUCUUGAUCUCAACGGUGCAUCGCCGACCGAGCGGCAAAAUUGAGAGCAAGAUAUUACCAAGCAAGCAACAAAAAAAAAAUCAAACGUCGUUAUUCAGGUACAUAUUGCUACUUUAGGUAUUGCCGAAUAACAGAGAAAUUCAAAUUGUUCAAUAGCGAUUCAAAAAAUAAAUAAAACGGUGGCAUUGUUUGCAAUCAGCAUAAUA